AUGGCUAUGCCUGGAGGAGUACCUGUCAUGGUGAUGAACACCGGGCCUGAGCGUCAAUCAGGUCGAAAAGCUCAAACUGCCAAUAUCGUAGCCGCAAAGACUGUCGCCGAUGUGAUCAGAACUUGUCUUGGUCCCAAAGCAAUGUUGAAGAUGAUUUUGGAUCCUAUGGGUGGUAUUUUAUUGACUAACGAUGGUCAUGCGAUCUUACGAGAAAUCGAUGUAGCUCACCCCGCUGCUAAAUCAAUGAUUGAACUUUCGAGAACUCAAGAUGAGGAAGUUGGUGAUGGUACGACCAGUGUGAUUAUCCUUGCCGGUGAAAUCCUUGCCUACUCCCUCCCACUCCUCGAAAGGCACAUCCACCCCGUCGUCAUCAUCCGAGCAUUCAAACAAGCUCUUAACGAUGCUCUCGAAACUAUCCAGAAGAUCUCCAUCCCUGUCGACAUCUCAUCCGAAUCAGAGAUGAUGGCCCUCAUCAAGACCUCUAUCGGUACCAAAUUCUCUUCUAGAUGGUCAGACUUGAUGUGUUCAUUGGCCUUACAAGCAGUUAGGACAGUAGCAGUCACAGCUGAAUCUGAAAAUGGCUUAGUUGGCGGUAGCGCCGAGGGUAAAUCGGAGAGCUUGAAUAUCAAGACGGUAGAUAUCAAGCGAUAUGCGAGAGUUGAGAAAGUUCCAGGAGGUGAAAUUGAGGAAUCUAGAGUAUUAAGUGGUGUGAUGAUAAAUAAAGAUGUCACUCAUCCCAAGAUGAGAAGAAAAAUUGAAAAUCCUCGAAUCGUACUGUUGGAUUGUCCAUUAGAAUACAAGAAGGGUGAAUCUCAAACGAACAUUGAAAUUCAGAAUGAAAAAGAUUGGAAUAGGAUUUUACAAAUUGAAGAAGAACAGAUCAAAUCGAUGUGUGAGAAGAUUAUCGAAUUUAAACCGGAUUUGGUAUUUACAGAGAAAGGUGUUUCCGACCUCGCUCAACAUUACCUCCUCAAAGCAAACAUCACUGCUAUCCGACGAGUACGAAAGUCAGAUAACAACCGUAUCGCUAGAGCUGUAGGAGCUACUAUCGUCAACCGAGUCGAAGAUCUGAGGGAUAGCGAUGUUGGUACGCAGUGUGGUUUGUUCCAUAUUGAGAAGUUGGGUGACGAAUACUUCACCUUCCUUGAUAAAUGCUCAAACCCUAAAGCAUGUACCAUCCUCCUCCGAGGACCAUCCAAAGAUAUCCUCAAUGAGAUAGAUCGAAACCUCGCAGAUGCGAUGUCAGUAGCUCGAAACGUGGUGUUCAACCCUAUCCUAGCUCCUGGAGGAGGUGCGACCGAGAUGGCCAUUUCGGUAGCUUUGGAUGAGAAAGCGAGAUUACUUCCUGGUGUUGCUGGAGCACCUUACAAGGCUAUUGCGGAAGCUUUGGAGGUCAUCCCAAGGACGCUGGUGCAGAAUUGCGGAGGGAAUGCUAUUAGGACAUUGACUGAGUUGAGAGCUAAACACGCUGAGGGUCAUCACAUGUUCGGUGUAGAUGGUGAUACUGGAAAGGUGACAGAUAUGAAGGAAUAUGGACUGUUGGAAUCUGCUUCUGUCAAGAUCCAAACUUUAAAGACUGCUAUCGAGUCCGCCACAUUGUUACUUCGUGUAGACGAUAUCGUAUCCGCCAGGAGACCAGGAGAAGAAGCUGGUGCAGGAGGUGGUGUACAGACUAUGGGCGGGGAGGAAGGUCCAGGUGGUGAGAUGCCUGAGAUGUAG